AUGCAAGAAGACGAAGCAAGGGGAGUGCUCUUUAUUCUUAAUGAGUCCUUGGUGAACGAAGGAGGUUUGUCGGGAGAGCAUGAAGAAUCCCUCGAGAAGAUAAUAUCACUUACUGAUGAGGAUCCAUCUCUCUUGAGUCUUCUAGAUGACUGGAAAUUCAUUGAAAGGAAUUUUCCUUAUCUUAUAAGAAAUUCCAAAGAUAGACAGAAAGCAUUUGGACUAGCAAUAAAGAUCUUGCAGCUCCCUAACUCCAGGCUUCCAGUGCUGUUUAUGACAAGAAAGGGUGGAUUUUUGUUGUCGGAGAUUCUGUAUGAGUCUAUGGAGAGUCCCCAGUAUGUUAUUUCCUUCUGUUGCGAGGCCAUCAAGAAGAGUUCUCUGUUUCCAGGUGUGCUAUAUGACUGCGGAUUCUUUAUUCUUCUGAACUCUCUUGUCUCUUCGGAGACCGCAAGAUUGUAUUCCUUGAUAUUUGAAUACAAGGUAUACGAAGCAAGAGGGAAGUAUGAAGAGGACAGAGGUGAAGGCAUUAUGCACGAAAUAAAAAGAAGGCAUUUUGAUUCUGAAGUGGUCUUCAAGGAUAAAAUGCAUUUUACCUUUAGGAAGCCUUCUUCCCUUCACAAAGUAGGGCAGCCAGUUCUUAAGAACAUAUUUGAUGAUAUUUACAAUACUACGUUCUUUGACCUAUUGGAUUUGGGAUUGGAUAAGAAUUUACAUCUCAUGAACUAUUGCGAAUGGGAUUAUCUCUUCUUGUGCGGGUCAUCUGGACUUAAGGAACUAGUGAAUAGUGGGAGUUACUUAGCCAUCAGGCUGUAUAGGAAAAUGCUGGAGAGUCUUGGAAAAUCCUCGAAGGCGAUACUUUAUUUAGAUAAGAUAGAAGACUCGGAUCUAAUGAUUCAUGUAGCAAAACUAUUGGAAUGUAAGGACACCAAUAUAGUUAUGGAAUGUGGAUUAGUACUAUAUAAUUACUAUUAUCUCUUUGAUUGGAACCUAGACAAGAAGCAGUUCAAUGAGAACAAAAUAAGAAAAAUAUUUAGUCUACUCGAGUAUAGUUAUGUAGAUUGCUCAUGUUUUCAGGAAUGCGCCUAUAGCCAGUCAGACUGUUCGGUAGGGGGAUUAAGAGAAGAUGAAUGGAUGGGAAAAUGUUUCCAAGACUGCAACACCGCAAAGAUAUUGAGGCUUCUUUCUAACAUAUAUUCUUUUGUCGACAAGAGGUACUUUUAUAAGCCUUCAUUCCUAGUCUUGAUGAAGACGUGGCGCGAUGUAUUUGAAAGACACCGAUGCUGGAACAGUGCCUUUUUUACUACCUUUUUUGAAGAUAUGGUUUUAUUUCUACGUUCUAAUUCAUAUAACAUUGCAAGAAUUAUCUUUCCAUUCAAGAGAACAAGGAGAAAAGCUUCAAAUGAUGUAGAUGAAGAAGGUGAUAAGGAAAAUAGCAUCAAUCUCUCAAUUCUGGAGGGAGAUGGAGACAUUGGUUGGCUUGAGAUUGAAGGCCUAGACGAAUUAAAAUGA